UCUCUUCUCCUCUUCUCUUCUCACAUGGAAGGGUUCAUAUAUAUUUUCUCUAUCCUUUCCCCCCUAACAAAGCUUGCCCUCGUUUUUAUCUCGGAGUUGUCCUUACCCCGGCCGAGUCCUUUAUCGGAGUUUAGGGUUUUAGGGUUCGCCGGGGAAUUAUCCUUAAUAAAUUCUAUCUACGCUCGUUUCUGUAAUUUUUGAAACUGUUCUCAGCUCUCACACGCACUAUUUUGGGCUAUUUUGGUGGUUUUUAGACACUUAUCUGAAAAAAAAAUAGGAUAGAAUGGAGUCUUAGGGGGAGGAGAGUAGUGCAAGAAACAAGGAAGUAUUUGAGUUGCUGUGACUGUGAGCUAUGGCGGAGCCGGAGGCGGUGAUGGAGCCGGAGGAGCAGGUGGACAUCGAUGGCGACAACGACGCCGAGGACAUGAUGGAUGACUACGACGCCGUGGAGGACUACGCCGACCGGAAGUUAAGGCAGGAGUCCCCGGUUGAGGACGAGGAGCGCGAGCAUCUGUCAGACAGUGAGGGGCAGGAGAAGGCUUCGCCAUCAGAUGGGGCUGACGGUGCUUCUCCUGAUCCGAUGAAAGGAGGGGAGGGACAAGAGGAGAGGCCGGGAGUCGGGUCUAGAGAUGCGGCUGACUGCCAGAAGUGGGCUGAGCUACUUGCGCUGCCACCUCAUGGGUCGGAGGUUUUCAUUGGUGGAUUGCUGCGAGAUGCUACGGAGAAGGAUCUCAGGGAGCUGUGCGAGGCCUUUGGGGAGAUUCACGAUGUAAGGCUGGUGAAGGACAAGGAUACGGGAGAAAGCAAGGGUUUUGCUUUCAUUACAUUCACAAACAAGGAUGCGGCUCAAAAAGCCAUCGAGGAGCUCCAUGACAAGGAAUUCAAGGGGAGAACCUUGAGAUGUUCUUUGUCACAAGUGAAGCACCGGUUGUUUGUUGGAAAUGUCCCCAAGAGCUUGUCAGAGGAAGAGUUAAGGAAAAUCCUGGAGGAAAGUGGUCCUGGGGUUCAGAAUAUUGAAAUGUUCAAGGAUCAGCAGAACCCAAGCCGUAACCGUGGUUUUCUCUUUGUUGAGUAUUACAACCACGCCUGUGCUGAUUAUGCAAGGCAGAAGAUGUCGAGUCCAAACUUUAAGAUGGAUGGAAGCAAUCCAACUGUCAGCUGGGCCGACCCAAAAAAUUCAUCCGACUCUUCUGCUGCUGCUCAGGUGAAAGCUUUAUAUCUGAAAAAUUUACCAGAGAAUGUUACACCAGAAAAGUUAAGGGAACUUUUUGAACGCCAUGGAGAGGUCACAAAAGUUGUUCUGCCUCCUGCUAAAGCUGGGCAGAAGCGAGAUUUUGGAUUCAUCCAUUUUGCUGAGCGAUCUAGUGCAUUGAAGGCAGUUAAAGGAACAGAAAAAUAUGAAAUUGAUGGGCAUGUUGUGGAUGUCGCCCUUGCGAAACCUCAGGUUGACAAGAAGCCUGAUCAUGCUUCAAAUUCAUUCAAACCGGGGCUUCUUCCAAGUCUCCCUCCAUAUCCAGCUUAUGGUUAUAGUGGGGACCCAUAUGGGGCCUACGGUGGUGCAUAUGGUGCAGCCGGAUUUGGCCAGCCGGUGAUAUAUGGUAGAGGACCCAUGCCGGCUGGGAUGAGAAUGGUGCCAAUGGUACUUCCUGAUGGUCGACUUGGUUAUGUUCUACAGCAGCCUGGUGCACAAGCUCCACCACCACCUCCUCGGAGGAGUGAUCGCAGUGGUGGCUCCGGUGAGGGUGGAGGAAGGGGCAGCGAUGGGAACCGUGAGCGCCGAUACCGCCCUUACUAAACUGGUAUUAAGCUUGCAGCAUCAAAUGAAGAUACUGUGCAAAUGUCUUCACCGGCUAGUCUUCCUUUUGGGUCAUUAAUCCGGAUAGGUCAUAGUUUUACAAGUGCAAGCAUGUAUCAUCGUGAGGGUUCCAUACCUAAUAUCUGAUCGAUGCAAGCACAAGAUUGUUGUACUGGUUCCUUCUUUCAAGAUUGGUUUGUUUGCAUUUCCGUAAAUUAAGGGAUGACAUGUUCUUUGAAAGGCAUAGCAACAAACUCUGGAUCCAUUUCUUUAAUUUGUUGAAUCUUCUGCUAGUCAUGUAAUGAUCUCCGGAUCCAUUUCUU